AUGAAAUCUCCUGUGACAAUCCUCAUGCUGGCCCUCGCCAGCGGCAUCAUUGCCGCGCCAGCCGUAGGGCCACUCUCACUUGGAGCUGUAGUAGAUAUACCAGCUGUCAAUACACAUCCACCACGCGGGACUGAGCCAGGCGCCGCCCCAACACUGGUUAAUAGUGCCACGACAGGCCUUACGACACACGGUCCCUACUCAGGCACGCCUACUACAACUGGGGCCGAGCAAGCUACCGCUACCCUGGAGGCUACCAUCGCAGCACAGCCGAAUCCCAUGGCGACAUACUACAAUACGAAUGGCAAGCUAACUCAACCCCAGCCGAUGCCUUACAUGCCCGCUGGUGGUGUCGGCACGAACGGUACUUUGCCGGUCUACAUGGUGCAAAGUGACUAUGACUACGAAUCAGUUGCCCUCGGCGUUCAUCAGGAAUAUAUCGAGCUCGAUCUCUUUCACUACGGUCUUGAGCUCUUCAGUGAGCAAGACUUUCUUGAAGCCGGGCUCACGGCCGAGGACCGCAAUUUGAUCGAGUACAUGGCCGUCCAGGAGGCGGGACAUGCUACCCUUUUGAGCAAUAUGUUGGGCGAAACAGCGCCCAAACAGUGCACAUACGACUACCCUUUCAAAACCGUCCGCGAGUUCUUGGAUUUCAACGCGAAGCUUACUCGCUGGGGGGAGUCCGGGAAUUGGGGGUUCCUAAGCCAUCUCGAUUCGAAGGAGGUGGCGACUUUGAUCGUCCAAGCAGAAGCAAUUGAAGCUCGCCAGCAGGCCAUUUUCCGUCAGCUGCUAGGCCUUCACCCCAUGCCCAUUUGGUUUGCUCCAGGUAUUCCGCAGUCGUGGCAUUGGACCCUCUUAUCGCAGUAUAUCAGCUCGUGUCCGGAAAACAAUACUCGGGUUGUGUGGCAGAACUUCCCCAACCUGCACGUCGUCAACCAGCCCAACGUCAACCGAUUUAUUGCAAACACCACGAACAACUGGGAAACUGUCGGCAACCGCACUGGCGACCCCAGCGACUCAAACAUCGCUGAAAACCAGUCGUGUGUACACCAAAACACAACUGGCUACAACUGCGGCCCUGCCAUCUCGCGUGACCGCAAUGAUCCAGUCAGCUUCCCCGGUAGGCAGGUAAACCUGACCUGGGAUGAUCCCGGUCGCGCAGUGGGGCCUAACAACAGCUACGUCACUUCUACGACUGCAAGACAGCCGGCCUUCGUUGCGUGGCUGUCGCAGCUCAAUCUCACCUAUACUCCGUUGACGGUGACUGGAUCCAACUCCGGAUUUACUUAUCAGCCAGCAAACGAGGUCUUUGAGACUGACCCCGCUCUCAAUGGUACGAUUUUCAUUGCGCUUACCGACGAGGCUAUUGACGCUACUCCGUUCAAUUUGACGAUGAUCAAUCCUCAUGUGCGCGCUCUGGGACUGUACCAGUCAGGCUAG